AUGGCUUCGGCGGUCGUGCCGCAGGAGGAGCAUCGUCACCCUUCAAAUGGGGACGCUGCGGCCCAAUCAGCUGCUGAGACGGAGCUGGCAACCAGCAGACGCCAGAGGCUGUCAGACAUCUUCACCAUUUUUUGCUCGGGCUUCGCCCUCAUCUCUGACGGAUAUCAAAACAAUCUCAUGACCAUGUCCAACGUGCUCUUCAAGAAGGAAUAUCCCCACGAGUAUACUUCCGACGUCAGCACUCGCGUCUCCAAUGCUCUCCUCGUCGGCGAGAUUCUGGGCCAAGUCGUUGUCGGCUUGACGUGUGACUACAUGGGCCGAAAGACUGCCAUCAUCAUGACAACCCUGCUCAUUGUCCUCGGCGGUAUCAUGGCUACGGCAUCUCACGGCGCCACCAUUGACGGCAUGUUUUGGAUGCUGACUGUCUCCCGUGGCAUUGUUGGCUUCGGAGCCGGCGGCGAAUAUCCGGCCGCCAGCACUUCUGCCUCCGAGGCCGCCAACGAGCACACGCCGAAGCAUCGCGGUCCCGUCUUCAUUCUCGUCACCAACCUGCCGCUAUCCUUUGGCGGUCCCUUUGCCGUUUCCGUCUUCUUGAUCGUUUUAUCUGCCGCCGGAGCCGACAAUCUCUCGACGGUAUGGCGCGUCUGCUUCGGCAUCGGCGUCGUCCUCCCUCUCAGCAUCUUCUAUUUUCGACUCAAGAUGCUCAAUUCGAAGCUGUACCGCCGCGGCGCCAUCAAGCGCCAGGUGCCGUACGGCCUCGUCAUGGCGUACUACUGGAAGUCGCUCAUCGGCACCUGCGGCGCGUGGUUCCUUUACGACUUUGUCACCUUUCCCAACGGCGUCUUCUCCGGCACCAUCAUCUCCAGCGUCGCGUCAAGGUCGGGCAACACCCUGCGCAGCACCGCAGAGUGGCAGCUCCUGCUCGGCGCCAUCGCCUUGCCCGGCGUUCUGCUGGGUGCCUUCCUCUGCGACAGGCUAGGUCGCAAGAACGUCAUGAUGCUGGGUUUCUCGGGCUACCUGAUCUUUGGCUUGAUCAUUGGCUGCGCCUAUGAUCAGAUGACGAGAAUCAUCCCCCUCUUUGUCAUUUUCUACGGCCUGAUGCAGAGCUUUGGCAACCUAGGGCCUGGCGACAUGCUUGGCCUCAUCUCGUCAGAGAGCUACGCCACCAGUGUCCGCGGAACCUGCUACGGCCUCAGCGCCGCAAUUGGCAAGGCCGGGGCCGCAAUCGGCACGCAAGCCUUCACGCCUAUCCAGAAUCGCUUCGGCAAGCGAUGGACCUUUAUCGUCGCGGCCAUCUGUGGCGUCGCGGGUAUUCUUGUGACCUGGUUGUUCGUGCCCAAGCUGACGGGUGAGGAUCUCGCCAAGCAGGAUGAGAAGUUUAAAACCUACCUGGUAGAGAACGGAUGGAAUGGGGAAAUGGGCGAAGAUGAUUUCAAGGCCAGGGCAGAGGAUGUCGAAGAUGUACCUGGGGGGCUUGGCGACAAGGCCGUCAAAGCAGCUGCGUGA